UUCUUGCUGCAAGCCAGAACACAUCAGCAGUGGAGAUAUAUUUCGUCAGUCGAUUCAGUAAUAAAAUAUAGGGCAGAGUUCCUUUAUGGCUUCCUGCUUUCAUCUAAACACAAGCAACAUAUCGAGACUGCAGGACAGCUUUAACUUCAGUGCUCUAGCCAUGGAUCUUUGCAACUCCUCAGACAACUCUUUAGGCAUCUCCUCCAUCAUCUUCACCUGCCUGUACACACUGAUCUUCGUUUUUGGCCUGCUCCUGAACGUCCUGGCUUUGUGGGUGUUCUUCCAUAUUCGUACUCAGAAUCGGACUUUUAUGCUCUACCUGCGCAACAUGGCGGUGGCUGACCUCCUCAUGACCCUCACGCUCCCGAUCAACGUGCUCAUUGAGGCCAAAGUGGCACCACAGUGGCUUGAAGUAGUGUCGUGUAAUUACACCGCAGUGCUCUUUUACUGCUGCAUGUACGCCAGCAUCCUCUUCCUCGGAUUGGUGGGUCUGGACCGCUACUUGAAGAUCGUCAGGCCGUUCGGUGUGACUUGCCUUUACAGUUACUCGUUCACCGUAGUCAUGGCCGUUAUGGUGUGGGUUGCAAUGACGUCUCUUUCGCUUCCGAACGCACUACUGACCAAUCAGACAUCAACACAGACUACGAAUAACUGCGCAGCUCUAAAGAGUAAUCUGGGUAUAAAAUGGCACGGAUUGGUGAUCUAUAUCAACAUAAUGAUCUUCUUCUUAGUCCUGUUCACUCUGCUCACCUGCUACAUUUCCAUCUACAGACACAUCCAUCGGUCGUCUGCCCAGUUUGUCACCGUCGGAGAGACAAACUCACGCAAGGCGAGGAAAGGCCAGAACAUUUUUAUAUUACUGGUUGUGUUUUUUAUCUGCUUUGUGCCGUAUCAUCUCUGUAGGAUCCCGUUCACCAAAAGCCAGACUGACGGAGUUCAAAUGAAUUGUGUGUUGCAGAUUGGGAAACAGGCAACGCUCCUGUUGGCUAUGUCCAAUGUUUGCUUAGACCCCAUCAUUUAUUUCCUUAUGUGCAAGUCUUUCAGGAAUAAACUGUUUGAAACAGUGGGAAUCUGGACAACUGAGGACAAAAUGUCCAUGUACUCUCCAGGAUCGAGGAGGAAAACUGCAGUAGUGAUGAUCUUUAAGGAAAACUCAUCUUGAAAAUAAUAAUCAUAAUACAUUUUAUUUAAAGGCACCUUUCAAAACACUUAAGGACACCGUACAGUAGAGUGCAAUCAUAAAAUCAAACACCAAACAGCUAUUUAACUGUUAAAACGAAUCACAAAAAGCGAACAGAUGAGUUUUGAGGCAUGAUUUAAAAGUGGUUAGACAAUCACAAUCUUAUAUUGAUUAUGGAAGAGAAUUUCAGAGAUGAGGAGCAGCCCGGCUAAAUGCCCUAAAUCUUAUAGUGGCAAAACAGAAAAAGGUACAGUGAGGGAAACAGAUAAAGAAGAUCUGAGAGUGAGAUUCGGUGUGUACGUGUGAAGCAAGUCGUAGAUGUAUGAGGGUGCAAGAUAAUGAAGUGAAUUGAAAGUGAGAAGCAGAAUCUUGUACUCUAUUUAAAAUUUGACAGGAAGUCAGUAAAGAUGAUAAAGAACUCUCUGGCCAUCCUCCUCUGAACAAUUUUGCUUAACAAGUCAUUUUUUCACCCACAAAGCUGCCUACGUUUUUCUUUCCCCCCCAAAAAUUCUGUGGUAACACUAACAACAGCUGUGUGUGAAAAUCCCAGGAGAUCAACAGCAUAAAACAUGAGCAUUAGCUGAAACUCCUCACUCACAUCUGCAUGAAUGUACAGGUGAUUCUAGUGACAUGAACAGUUGGUGCACAUAAACUGUAUAUAGACCUGUAAAUAUGCUAUUUUUAUUAUAAGAAAUUCAUUUUUACUGUUUGACUUUUGGUAAGUAACUGUUUACACUGAAUUUAUUUUAUAUUUAUUAUAAUGAUUUAGCCAUUGUUUUCUUUGUAGUAAUAAUAUAAAACUAAAAAUUCCCCAUUUGAACACAAAAAGCUGUUUUUUUUAUAUAUAGGUAUAUAACUAUUUUUGUUUCAACAAUCUCUAAAGUUGAUUGUUUUCCAAUUGAUAGCAGUUUUAUUUAUUUAUUUAUUUUACCCAACAGCAUCUUUCCAGUCAUUUUAUAAUAUUUUUUUUUAUAAUUAUAGAACAGCAUGUUUGACAUUUUCUUUUAUUCAUUUGUAAUUUAAUAUGAAGGUCAGUUCCUGUUAUCAUAAAUCCAAAAAAAAUCAUAAGUGAAACAAAGACUUGAGACUGAAGACAUAAACGUUAAAUAAAUGGAACUUUAGAUGCCUUAAAGGCUUUAAAACCUUAAAGGUACAAUAAUUUUGGUCCUUGUUACUAAUUUUGUAUGCUUUAAAAAAAAAAGAAAGAAACAGAAAAUAAAACAGAACGCAAGCUACUAAAAGAAAAACUCUUUUAGCCAUUUGACCUUGCUGUGACCUUGAUACUGUUUGGAGCAAUCCUGCAAAUCCUUUAUAUGUACACAGAAAAUAGGGAUUAAGUUUAUAGAUGUGAACAUGUACGUAGCAUACAAGUAUAACAAAUAAGAAAAAAGCUCCUCAGGAAAGAAGUUCUAGACGUUUGGAUCAAUUGGACCAAAAAAAGAAAAAAAAAAAAAAAAGACAAAUCAAUCUGGUCUAUAGAUCCAGUCCAUCAAAUUUAAAAGUUCACCUGCUGGUUACAAUACUGAAGAAUUAAAAUAUAGGGAAUCUGAGACUCUAGUGAUUAACAAAACAUUUUAUAUAACACUAAUAAUAGACUUAUUACAGGACAUGACCUAAUGAAGGCAAUAUGAACCAAAUUUGUUCCGCUGGAUUUACUAUUAAAAAAAUCAGCAUUUCCUUGUUGAUUAUUGGAUUAGGCAGCUAAAUGGAUGUAAUUCCCCCUAUUUAAAUUAUUAAAAAAAGAAAUAAAUGUGGUUUUGUGUUACAGACAUAGCAGUUGGGUCACAUAGGUGCAAGAAAAAAAACUUUCAGACAUCAGAAGUAAUUUGAGUGACUGAAAAGUCUGAUAAAACUGCAAAGAAUAGCAUUUAUGGAAUUUUGUCUUUUGCAACAAUAAGAUUUAAUUACUUUUCUUCGUCCUGGAAAAUUAAUGUAAUUUGUAGUUUGUACAAAUCUAAUGUACAAACCCUAAUACAAGGCCAGAUGUUAUGCUGAAAACACAGGUGUUCAACACUUUUCCUGCCUUCAGCAUUUUGACCAAAUUGUAUUGUAUAUAAGCUAUUUAAUAAUGUAACUGGGACAAUAAGAAGGGAGAACAGAUGUUAUUCCUGUGUACUAGCUCUUGGUAAGAACGAUUAAUGAACUGAUCAGAUGUUUGCAUUUUUAAUGUAUAGCUUAAUGAUGUUUUUUUCCAAAUAUUAAAGAUAUAAAGGUUUAUAUAGUGAUUGAAUGAGAAUGCGUACCGUUCCUGUCUCUUAUCUUCAUGUUCCAUUGAGUUUUCUUUCAGAAUGCAGUAUGUGUACGCUUCAACACUGGAGAUACAUUUUGGGUUUUUGUUACAAUAAAGGCAAUU